UCAGGAAAUGCCCCGUCCCUGCGUAGGUCGCGCAGUACAAAAUAUGGCCCGGGGUGCAAGAUGGAGAAGCCGGGGGAGAAAAGGGGGCAGCUGUUCUCUGGAACGGCGAGAGAAGACGGGUUCCCACGGCUGCCGGUGGCUGACUCGAACCUGGGGGUAAGAAGGAGCAGAAGACCCAAGGGAUGGAAGGAAGAUACUGCCUGAUGUUCUUGACGGCCCUCUGCUUGAGCGUGGAGCCGGGAACAGCUUCCAAGGAAAGGACCCAGGCUGACAGAUUAUGCUGCGCUGCAAGCCGUUCAGCGGAGCCCCCCAAAAGCUGUGGGUCCUGUGGGCCUGGUCAGUGCUGCAAAGAUAAGCGAUGCAGUCAGUGUGCCCCACUCUUGCAGUGCCCGGAAGGAAAGGAGCUGUAUUGCACAGGCACGAUUGAGUACCGAUAUUUCUGCAAAAGGUGUCCUGAUGGCACUUACUCCGAAAACAACAACAGCUGUUGCAACCCUUGGACCGACUGCGAGAAGAUGGGCCAGUGGACGGUGCAGCAGGGAAACGAAACUCAUAAUGCCGUGUGUGGGCCAAAGCCGUCCGCUAUCCUUGUGGAACCUGUUUCCACAAAUAACCUGACCUACUGGAUCCCGUUGGGCGGCUUCACGACCUUCUUGAUCAUCUUGAUAGCAGCAAGCAUUCUGAUGCUUGCCGUGAUGAUACUUUGCUUGAUCACCCACAUAAUCAUCCACAGGGCAAAACUCCGUGUGGUAGAAGAACCCAAAUCCGUCCAUCCUCUGAACCUCCCAGAAUCUCAACUGGAUCUGGAAGAUACCUUCAGCUGCCAGUUCCCAGAGGAAGAACAUGGGGAUAAGAUAUUAGGAGGGAACUUCUCACUGACCUCAGUGGUCCACUGAAAACUCUUGGGCUAGUUGGCACCCGGGUGUGCAAAUACAGUAUCAUAGCUUACCUCUCAGGGACAUAAAACCCACCUCCAUGGUCCAGAUGGUGGAUCAGAAGGGACUGUUUGCCUUUAACAAGCUUUGAUCCGGAUUGAGAAGGGGAAAAGUGGGGGUUGAGAAGAUCUCUGUGGAGACUUUGGCACGUAGGGAAAAUUAUACUCAUGUAUCACAAGUGAGCCCAAAACUUGUCCUUGUUUUUGGAGACAGGAUGGAAAAACGUUGGCUGGAUUCUUCUGUUUCAGAGUAGGCUUGUGAUUUAGGAUUUUACUAAAAAAACCCAAAAUAUUGGCCUGACCUGAGAUGGGAGUUGGAGCCAUCAACAAGGGCAGAUCCUGGUAGAAUCUGAUGGGUUGAAGACUCAGCUAAAAGGGUGUCUAGAUUUUAUUUUUUAGCCCAUCAUUUUACCAGAUGAGGUCCCUUCCAACUGCCCACCUUUGCAUUUUUCAGCGGCGCCCACAUGUCAUUUCAAAGGUGGUUUUCUUUCUAGCAAAGUCAAACGAGUCCGCUCAGAGUUGGCAGAAAGGUGAACAAACCAGCUUUUCCCAAGCCCCUUUUUUUCUCCAACGCAUUUCUUGGGACAGGUUGCAUUUUCACACACACCCCUUCCAUUUCUUAGGGAUCUCCUUCUGUGUGUUUUUUCCAAACGUUACCACUUAGCUUCCAAAGCGUGGCACAGCCGCCCCGUGCCAAGCAAGGCCCUUCUUGUCAAAUAAACAGU